AAGAAACAGAAGAAGAAAUUGUAAAAUUCGAUCCGCUUACAUUUGAUGGGGCAGCAUAUCGUGACGAAUGUAAAAGCCACCAUGAAAAUGCUGAGCCCCGAAACACGGCCCAUAAACGGUACCCACAAGGCAGAGAGAGGGCCAUAAAAAGGCUGGGCGGCCGUAGCAGUCGUGUAAAAGCCAUGCCUAAAGCCAGUUCAGUUUAUGGCCAAUUAGAGCGCAAACUCAUUUGCAUGAGGCUUAGGACGAGCCAGUGGGAAUUCCAGUGCCAGUGCCUAUGCCUCCGCAUGGGUCUGUUGCUGUUGCUGCUAUCACCAAUCGGUAGGGCCUGUGCCAGCGGGGCGUGGAAAUGUCUAUACAAAGAAUUUCCAGUUGACACAGAGAAGAUCAAGGGCGGCUGGUGGAUUUAUGGGACCAAUCCAGGGGGAGAGACACGAUGCUACCUCGACGGCCUGAAUCUCUAUUGGACACGCAUUACCAUGACGGACUACGAUAAUUAUGCCGUGGAACUUCACUGCUCCCUGCCCUGGUUCAAGCAUCUGAUGGCCAUCUACACCAGGACCCAGGAACCCACACAGGAGACCCUCAACGCAGUCGCUGGCUACCUUCAGACGGUACGUCUGUCAUUGGACAACUUUACGCUGGUGGCGAAGCCGGAAAACUGUGUGAACCAGAGCCACGGUCCCUGGCAGCGCUGGUAUCUGGCCAGGUAUCUUCAUUUGGAAUACCAUCCGCAUUAUCUCAAGCCUCUGAUCGACGAUGAAAAUAUCUGAAGCAGUCAGUAGUGGUCUCUCUCUCUCUCUCUCGCGUAGCCCAAACUUUCUUUAGCCAGAAAUUUACAUAUAUGCCAAAUUUGGUCAAAAAAUAUGCGAAUAACUUAAAACAAUGAGAGAAUUGUUCAGUCCAAGUCGAAUUUCAGAUACCCUCGAAGUACCAGAGCCGCGGGGUGUCAUCAAAAUAAAUGAUAUGAUCUUCUCUCAGUGAAAGGUUUUCACUGCCCAUUAAAAUCGACUUUAUGGA